AUGUCAACGUCAGAAGAUCGUGGUCAUUUAGUGAAGUCCCGUUACGAUGGUAUCGUGUCCGAUUCUGCGUUUAAUUUCUUAACGAUUACAGUUUCGCCGGAAUGUGAACUGUGCGAAACGGAACAGGAUGGAGGCUUCAAUAAAAAUGGCGAAGAAACGUCCCGGAGCAACGGCCACAGUCGAACGGGGAAAGCACGCCGUCGGUGGAAGCUGCUGGCCAAGGCUUUGCGGCAUGACUCUAGCGAGGAUGAUCCUAUAUUAAAAUUUAAUUUAAUUGAAUUUGAUCGGGUUUGUGAUGAGAAAGAUGAAAAUAUUUACGUUUAUAGACUAGCGGAUCGGUAUAGGUUAAAAAUUAGGCUAAUUGGAGAGCGACCUUGGACGGCAAGUGAACUCAUGGGCUUUAACAAUACCGGAAACAUUUGCGUGUGGCCAUCGGAGGAAGCCUUAGCGUAUUACGUUCUGUCACGGUUGAAUAUUUUUGAAAACAGCGACAUUCUUGAGCUGGGUGGCGGGAUGACCUGCUUGGCCGGAUUGGUGCUGGCCAAGUAUGGCAAUCCCUCGUUCGUGCACGUCACCGACGGCAAUGAUUUGUCGAUGAAGAACGUAGAGAAGUCGCUCCAUUUGAACAAAUUUAACUGCACCAUCAAAACAUCCGUGCUGAAAUGGGAAUCUGUGAGCAAUAACCAAGCUUCAUUCCAUGCGGAUCGUGCCCGCUACCAGUUUAUUCUAUCGGCCGACUGUCUGUUCUUCAACGAAUCGCGGUCGCAUCUAAUCGAUACCAUCUGGAUGUUUCUGGCCGACAGUGGAGUGGCGCUGAUCACUGCACCCCGCCGGGGCAGCACGCUGGUUCACUUUCUCAACGAAUGCGUCGCGAAGGGCUUCUACUACGACAUGCUGCACUGUUACAACGAAGCGAUCUGGAACAAACAUCUGGAACUGAUCAAAAUCGAAGGAUACGACGAAAACAUCCACUAUCCGCUGUUGAUCCGAAUGUACAAGAAGGAUUUUGAUUUGCGGCAUUGUUAG